AUGGAAGGCAUUGGAGGAGCAAUAUUGUGGUUAGCCAAGACUGCAGAAUACACCACCCAGGAAUAUGACUGGGUCAGCCCUUAUCACAAGAUUCACAUCCUGAGAAUACAACGCUCCACCGCCGCCGUUGCUGUGACCUGGACUGCGUGCCAGCAGCCCCCGGCCGACAACUCCGCCACCAUGGAGGACAUGAAUGAGUACCGCAACAUAGAGGAAUUCGCAGAGGGAUCCAAGAUCAAUGUGAGCAAGAAUCAGCAGGAUGACGGUAAAAUGUUUAUUGGAGGCUUGAGCUGGGAUACAAGCAAGAAAGAUCUGACUGAAUAUUUGUCUCAAUUUGGGGAAGAUGUAGACUAUACAAUUAAAACAGAUCCAGGGACUGGAAGAUCUAGAGGAUUUGGAUUUGUGCUUUUCAAAGAUGCUGCUAGUGUUGAUAAGGUUUUGGAACUGAAAGAACACAAAUUGGAUGGCAAACUGAUAGACCCCAAAAGGGCCAAAACUUUAAAAGGAAAAGAACUCCCCAAAAAGGUUUUUGUGGGUGGAUUGAGCCCAGAUACUUCUGAAGAACAAAUUAAAGAAUAUUUUGGAGCCUUUGGAGAGAUUGAAAAUAUUGAACUUCCCAUGGAUACAAAAACAAAUGAAAGAAGAGGAUUUUGUUUUAUCACAUAUACAGAAGAAGAGCCAGUAAAGAAAUUGUUAGAAAGCAGAUAUCAUCAAAUUGGUUCUGGGAAGUAUGAAAUCAAAGUUGCACAACCCGAAGAGGUAUACGGGCAGCAACAGCAACAACAAAAAGGAGGAAGAGGUGCUGCAGCUGGUGGACGAGGUGGUACUAGGGGUCGUGGACGAGACUACAGUGGCCAACAGAGCACUUAUGGCAAGGCAUCCCGAGGGGGUGGCAGUCACCAAAACAAUUACCAGCCAUACUAA